AUGCCGGCUCUGAGAGAAAUGGGAGACCAGGCGCAGGGACUAGGGGAGAUUAUAUAUCCAUGGGCAUCCCUAUUAUCAUUUCUAAAACCAACAGAGGGGGGAAAACGCAAGGCGGAGGAUUGGAUCUUGUCGAUCUCUGGAUAUCGCCGAGCCAGGAGAUUCGCUAAAGUCGUCAAGUUAGACCGCGAUCGAGGCCAUUUAUCCACGCUACCUUUCUACCUUGACUAG